AUGUCUGCUUUGCAAUCUGCCAUUGCGGAGAUACAGGCUGACCCAAUUGUAUUACCAAGGGACAUUUACAAGUCCAAAACGAGACACUAUAUCCACGAACUGUUGCACAUCUCCUACUUCAAAAUUGGGGUCCUGAUAUACGUGCUUUUCUUAACCAGCACUGUACUGAUGGUGCAAGACACCAGGGAAUACGUGUUGUCCGCAUUCAUGAUUAUCAUAUGUGCCGUGGGGGCCGUUGCAAUCGUGGUUUUCAUCUUCCGCUACCACUAUCUAAUCCGGGUCUUCAAUUCGAACACCAAGAUACUGUUCUUGGGGGAAGUAGUGAAGCAUAGACCGAGCUUGGACCCGGAGUCCUGGAACGCGAUUGCAGAUCGGAUGAACCAGCAAUUUUACAGCACAGAAGAAUGGUCCACCCCGUACUACUUCUACGAUGGACAGAGCUGUCUCGAGUUCUUCAGAUCGUUUGUCAUAGGCCCCAAAUGUAAUACUCAGACAUUGGCUCAGUUUGCAAACGGAUUCCGUCCACAGGGACAGACAGAAUUAGAGAUGAAUGCCGUUGCAGCGGCGUAUACUAACCUUGCUACGGAAGACUACGAACUCGAAAAAUUCAAGGAAAGAGCACUGGAGGUGUACCUGACCGCUGUGGAUGAGUACCUGGAGAAACAGUACCCUCACCUUCUCGAUGAUUGA